CCUUCCAGCUGCAACUCAAGGUGUGAGCACUGUGGUGUCACACGGAAAUGACUCAGGUUCUCAAUGCUGACCUGCCUUAAUGGCCUUCCUUCGGUGGGACAUUGAUUUAUUGUCCUUGUGAGCCUCGAGUGACACCAUUUGCUCUUUCCCCAAGGGCUGGUAGGCGAGCAAGGUGACAAUUGGUGAUUGGACAUGACCACUGCUCUGCCCUGGGAGAGUGACACAUGCGUGUGACGGCGUCUCCUCAGCCCUUCUCAAAAUGUUUGUGCAGGAGCAGCCAUAAAUGCGGCUGUAUUGACCCGAAGAUGCAAUCCAAGGCGUUGGAGCCUAGGCCUUAUCUACAUCACCUUAUCAGCAGCGAGAGAGCGAGAUGCACCCCGGGAAGGGAGGGGACUGCGCCGGAGGGUUUGGCCUCGUCCCUUCUGUCCUGGCACGGGGAGGGGACUGCGGGCAGAGCUGGGUAAUGAUUUGUCAUCGCGAGGACCGGGGUGUCUCUCUUUGCAGAGGAAACCUUGGCCGUGAUUGACAGUGGGGCUGUUUCUGCCACUUCCCUCGCUGUUGUCAAGUAAUAAUGAAGCUUUGUCAGUCCAUCAUGGACAUGGAUAUGCCAGAUUAUGUCGACUCCUUGGACUCCUCUUAUACCAUGCUGGAAUUCGACAACCUCCGCGUGCUCCCCAGUAACACCGAGGCCAUCACGGCCGAGUCACCGAACACCAACCUGCUCCCCAACGGUGUCAGCUCCCUGUGCUCCAUCUGUGGGGACCGGGCCACCGGCAAGCACUACGGGGCCUCCAGCUGUGACGGCUGCAAAGGCUUCUUCAGGAGGAGCGUCCGCAAGAACCACGUCUACUCCUGCAGGUUCAACCGACAGUGUGUGAUAGACAAAGACAAGAGGAACCAGUGCAGGUACUGCAGGCUGAAGAAGUGCUUCAGAGCUGGCAUGAAGAAAGAAGCCGUGCAGAACGAGCGUGACAGGAUCAGCAUCCGCAGGAGCAGCUAUGAGGACAAUGGCUCUCUCUCCAUCAACAUUCUCACUCAGGCUGAGGCCAUGGCACAGCAGUAUUUAUCCCUGAGCCCCGUGCACAGCACAGACAUUGCCAUGAAGAAGAUUGCCACCAUCAACGACGUGUGUGAGUCCAUGAAACAGCAGCUCCUGGUGCUGGUGGAAUGGGCAAAAUACAUCCCGGCCUUUUGUGAGCUCCCCCUCGAUGACCAGGUUGCCUUGCUCAGAGCCCACGCAGGGGAGCAUCUUCUCCUCGGGGUAGCCAAGAGGUCCAUACCAUACACUGACUUCCUGCUAUUAGGGAAUGAUUUCAUCAUCCCAAUGCACUGCCCAGAGCUGGAAAUCGCUCGUGUGGCCACCAGAAUCUUGGACGAGUUGGUGAAGCCCCUGCGGGACAUCCAGAUCGAUGACAACGAGUACGCCUGCCUGAAAGCCAUCAUCUUCUUUGACCCAGACUGCAAGGGCCUGAGCGAGCCGGGCAAGGUGAAGAACAUGCGCUUCCAGGUGCAGGUGAACCUGGAGGAUUACAUCAACGACCGCCAGUACGACUCGCGGGGCCGCUUCAGCGACAUCCUGCUGCUGCUGCCGCCCCUGCAGAGCAUCACCUGGCAGAUGAUCGAGCAGGUGCAGUUCGUGAAGCUCUUCGGCGUGGCCAGGAUCGACAGCUUGCUGCAGGAGAUGCUGCUGGGAGGAACCUCUGCUGAUCUCCAGUACCAGUCAGCACCUCCCAGCCUCAACCUGGAACCACUGCCAGGACACGUCCUGCAAAGCAACAUGACCUCUGUGAUCCACACUGCUCCAGACCCAUCUCCUGAGACAUCCCUUCCAUCUCCUUCUGCCAGCACAGGCAGUGAAGACUAUAAACUAGGCUCUAGCGCGGGGCCCAGCACCAUAGUGCAGCUGCUGCCUCAGCCAGUGAUGCCCAAGCAGGAGAUUUUAUAGGGAGAAGGAGGAGCUGGGAGCAGUGUGGGAUCCGUGCUGACAGUGAACCGGGCCCUUUCUCUUUGCAGAGGCCAAGCACAGCACGCCCCUGCCUGCAGCCGCAGCCGCCGCUCCCACCCUUCCCCGCCCGUGAGCCCAGGGACAGGGACAGCCUGCAGAGGAGCCUCGCCACGGAAUUCCCACCACCAGCACCCCCACGGCACAAGGAUUGGGGUGGGUGCCCUCCUCGGUAGGGCCAGGAGUGCCAGCUCGUCGGGUUUCCAGAGUUUGUGAUCCCUGCUCGGUGCCACCGUGCCCCUUCCGGAGCCCGCGGCCGCUC